GAUUUCUUCCACCUGUGCUCUCUGAUAAUAAGGCACAGAAUGUGCUGGCUUUAGUGCUGCAAACUGGCAUUUUAGUAGUCCUCAUAGCUUGUAUAUUUUUAUUUACACUAUUUUUAUAAGAUUCUGCCAUGGAUUUACUUGGAGAUGUAAGACGAAUGAACAAACGCCAGCUUUACUACCAGUUUUUAAAUUUUGCAAUGAUCGUCUCAUCUGCACUUAUGAUUUGGAAGGGGCUGAUUGUAGUAACUGGAAGUGAAAGUCCAAUUGUUGUUGUUCUCAGUGGAAGCAUGGAGCCAGCUUUUCAGAGAGGAGAUUUGCUGUUCUUAACAAACUAUGCAGAAGAACCCAUCCGAGCUGGAGAAAUUGUUGUCUUCAAAGUGGAAGGCCGAGAUAUUCCGAUUGUCCACAGAGUCAUCAAAGUGCAUGAAAAAGAAAAUGGAAAUGUCAAAUUCCUGACAAAAGGCGACAACAAUGAUGUAGAUGAUCGAGGCUUAUAUAAGGAAGGCCAAAACUGGUUGGAAAAGAAAGAUGUUGUUGGAAGAGCCAGAGGGUUUCUGCCUUUCGUGGGGAUGGUAACCAUAGUAAUGAACGAUUACCCAAAGUUUAAGUAUGCUGUUUUGGCAAUCAUGGGUGCUUUUGUGCUACUGAAGAGAGAAUCCUAAGAAGUUCACCAUAGCUACUGGAUUUUACAUCAUUGCUUAUGAAACUGAGAAAUAAAAUUUAAUAUAUUUAUGACACAUACAUGUAAAACUAUUUGAAGCUGUGCCUCGUUCUUUUUGCAAUAUAUUUUUAUUUUAUCAAGUUUUAUAACACCUGAUUUGUAUUAGCAUCAGUUACAGAAUCUUAAAUGAAAAUAUGUGGACUGACCCUGGAAUAUAGAUUUUUGUCAUAUCUCUUAUACUGUUUGGACUGCACAUUAGAAAAAAAAAUCAGUUAUAAAAUCUGUUGCUGCUU